GGGAACUACGAGAACAGAGCCGGGCAGCGGAGGAGAAGCAGUACCGCCGCCGCUGUGACGCCGGUUCACCGCCGCUGUUGAGAUCGCCGGGAAACAACCCCGUCACCGACUCACCGUGACCAGCUACCGCCGUUGACUGAAGUUGUUCCCUUCCGUAAUCCUCCGUUAUUGAUUUGUUUAAUUCGUCUUCAAAUAAUUGAGGAACGAUGAAUAAUGAGACGGUCUUGGAGGCAGCGAGGGCGAAGAGAUGGAUGGAUGCUAGCUGGAGAAGAAAUCCUUCCCCCCACCUCUCUAUAUACACUACGCACGCACGCAAAAGCAGAGAAAGAAAACAGAGCAGGGAACUACGAGAACAGAGCCGGGCAGCGGAGGAGAAGCAGUACCGCCGCCGCUGUGACGCCGGUUCACCGCCGCUGUUGAGAUCGCCGGGAAACAACCUUGUCACCGACUCACCGUGACCAGCUACCGCCGUUGACUGACUUUGUUCCCUUCCGUAAUCCUCCGUUAUUGAUUUGUUUAAUUCGUCUUCAAAUAAUCGAGUAAAUUGAGGUUGUUGUUUGCUUGGAUUUGAAUAAUUAAAGUAGGUUAGUGACGUAGGUUACCUAGAUGAACUCUAGGACUACUUUGUGAGAAUUGAGAUUGUAAGUUGACAAUAGGUGUAGAGCCUUGUGGACUUAGUCCAGUGGCAUUCGGCUGGAGAAUGGAGGUGAGUAAUAUGUUGCGUGAAUCAUUUAUAUUCUUGAUGUUAUAAAUGUUGACUUGUGUGCAUGAUAUUGUAACAGGAACGAUGAAUAAUGAGACGGUCUUGGAGGCAGCGAGGGCGAAGAGAUGGAUGGAUGCUAGCUGGAGAAGUUUAUUAUUUAAUAUUUGAGUUUGAAUUAAUUUAUAUUCUUAGGGGCAAGAACCCAAAGUUGUAUUUUGAUUAAGUACUUAAAGGCUUCCGCACCGUUUUGAUUUACUCUGAUGGAUAUUUAAAUAUUGUUUUGAAUUAAAUGUUUUAAAUUGUU